AUUGCUCUAUUAUGCGUUGUCUAAUGAUGUCCACUUCCCCUAUCGGACUUUCGAUGUUUGGAUCACACAUAUUUUACGUUUACUUUAAAAGAUAGUGUGUAGUGGUGAUUGUUGUAACAUUGUCCCCAGCAGAUGCCAUUUAAGUAUACAUACACUGUAAUACAUCAACUAUUUGAAAGAGGGGUUUUACUUGAUGCGAAGUGAAUGUCAGAAGGCUUUGGUAGAGUUAUCGUUGUGUUGGAGAAGUGGAGGUCCAUCAUUCUCUACUGUGACAUAUUGUGAAUACCAGACAGCAGACCAAAUCAUGGCAUUUCGCAAUGGCCGAAAUCCACUUAGAGAGAAAUAUGAAGAGUGCAUUUUAGCAGCGGAUUCGAGAGAGGUGACAGUCCAUCGAGUUGUCAAUAUUGUGGAAAAGGGGAACUCCAUGCCUCGGUCAAAUGUGAACUAUGGUUCUAAAAGUUCGAAUUUUUCAAUGUGGAAUGAUGGUCCUCGGAAUUACCAGGACUCAAGAGAAUUUCACGGCCAUGACGGUUACCCACAGAAUGACCGUCGAUAUUUUGAUGAUAAUUCAUACAACAACAAUUAUCGCAGAAAUGCCUCACCUCCAAGAAAUGAGGGCCAUUAUUCCCAACAGCCCUAUGGCAGAGAUGAUUUAAGGCAUCAGUUAGCCUCAAGAAGCAAUAGAAGAGGCGCUCCCUAUUUCCACGGCAGAAGUCGAGGGUCAGGCCCUCCUUUAAGUAGAGAAGACCGUGACGAGUACAGACGCACUCCUACACCUAAAGGAAUGAAACGGGAACGCUCUCCUGGACGAAGGGAAGCACACCCACCUGUAACUGUCUGCUCGCUAUCUAACACCAGCAGCAAGAGCUUCUCCCCUGACAGGGAGAGGAAUUUAAACUACCAGCAGUCUCUGAAAAAGCAUAAGACCAGUCCGAGCCACACUCCCAGCUCCUCUAUAGAGGGGUCUCCUCACAGCUCUGGAUCUGCAAAGGAAAAAGCUGCUGCAUCUGUAGCGGAGACGGAGGAGGUGGUGGAGACCAGCGUGGAGACCAGCGUGGAGACCAGCGUGGAGACCAGCGUGGAGACCAGCAUGGAGACCAGCUUGGAGACCAGCUUGGAGACCAGCGUGGAGACCAGCGUGGAGACAAGCGUGGAGACCAGCGUGGAGCCCAGCGUUGAGCCCAGCGUGGACACCAGCGUGGACACCAGCGUGGAGACCAGCGUGGAGACCAGCGUGGAGACCAGCGUGGAGACCAGCGUGGAGGCCAGCGUGGAGGCCAGCGUGGAGACCAGCGUGGAGCCACAGCCGACACCAGACCAAGACUUCAAGGCUCGCCGGUCGGAGGCCAUUAAGGCUAAGGCUCUGGAAAUUGAGAAGCAUUACAGGCAGGACUGUGAGACAUUUCGCACAGUGGUGAAGAUGUUGGUGGCCAAGGAACCCACCUUGAAUGGUUUGCUACAGGCUCCGCUGGAUAAUAAUCUGCUGGAGAUCAAAGAGCGCUGCCUUGAUGCCCUCAGGCACUUUGUGAAGGAGCUGGAUGAGGUAUUAUAGUAGCUGUACAACUCAGCAGAAGCUACAAGUCAACAAACGUAUUCUUUACAUGUAUUUAAAACCUGUAUUACAUUUUUUAACCAACAAUUAGCAACAGUGAUUCAUGAGCCAUGUUGAAGAAAAGCUGUCAGAUAUUUAAAAAAAUGUCAAUUGUCUUGCUUUGUCUCAUUGAUAAAUCUACUGAUUAAUGUAAUAAUGAAACUUUCCAAUCAAAUCAUGUGUAUCAGUUGUUAGCGAUAUGAGGUGAAUUCUACUAUCUGUAUCUCUAUUUCUUGCAAAUCCUGACAGUGAGUACAACUAACAACUAAUGUUUCUCAGAUGUUUUUAUUGUAUUAUAUUUCAAAUGGACUGACUUUCUAUGUAUAGAACAUGCAUUUUUAUUGUCUUUUAGAUGUCUUUUUAGUUACACUUUUAAAUAAAAGCUGAGGUAUUAAAUAUA